GCGAUCGGCGUCUACGCCCGUAGCCUCAUACCGUCUCCACGCAAGCUCAAGAAGUCUCCAAAGCCGGUAUAAAUGAUCCUCACACACUGCGCCGCCUGCGCCGCCCCGCUGGGCCUAGCCUUGGGGAAGAAAUGCGGCCGCUGUAGCACACGCUACUGCGGGCCUGCGUGCCAGGAGCAGCACUGGAAAGAGGGCGGCCACGACCAGCUCUGCAAAUUGAUUAAAAAAGCUGGCGGCGCCGAACAGUAUAAUGCCAACACAAAGUACACGGAGGCAGUAUCGGUCGCGGCGGAGGCGUGCGCGGAGGACACGAAGGGCCAGACGUGCUACAUCUGCACGCAGGCCCUCCAUUGGAAGACGAAGGAGGGUCUCGUGCGCAUGUGUGCGUGCCGCGGGACGGCGGGUUUCGCGCACGUGUCGUGCCUGGCGGAGCAGGCGAAGAUUUUAGUGGAUGAUGCAGAGGAGAGGAAUCUGGACUACGAAAUCAGGGAUUCGAGGUGGGCCCGGUGGACCGCGUGCGGCCUGUGCGAGCAAGAGUACCACGGCGUCGUGUUGUGUGCGCUCGGGUGGGCGUGCUGGAAGACCUACGUGAGCCGGCCAGAGGACUCGAAUACGAUCCGGACUUGUGCGAUAGGAGUUCUUGCGCAUGGACUUGGGGAUGCGGGGCGUCACGAGGAGCGGCUUCAAAUCCAACAGACACAGUUUUCCACUCAAAUGCGCUUGGGCUUAUCAGAGCAAGAAUUGCUGGCCACGAGAUGUAACAUUGCGGUAUGCUUAGAAGAACUCGGGCGUGACGAGGAGGCCCUAGCAUUACGCCGCGAGUGUUAUGCCACGUCGAAGCGGCUUAACGUAGCAAAUCCUGGUGACUUAUACAUCGACGUGCUAAACCUUUCCAAGUCGUUACUCGACACACACCGUCACACUGAGGCGAGGUCAUUUUUACGAGAGCAGCUCCCCAAGGCACGACGCGCGCUCGGUCCAGCAGAUGACACACUUUUCAAGCUUCGCUGGAAUUACGCCCUUUCUCUUUGCGACACUGGCGCUUCCCGAGAAGAUGUGCUCGAGGCUACGACUCUUCUUGAGGAGCUAUCCUCGACGGCGCAGCGGGUCUACGGGCCCUCGAAUCCCGUAGCCGCGGGCGUCAAGAGAGACCUCGCGCACGCACGGCGAAAGCUCGCAUCGUCCACUGACUCCUGAGGUCCGCGCCCGCAUUCUAAGAGAAUCCACU